GUUCAAUAGAGUCCCGCGCGAGCGCACAAACGGGCGUGGCUGACAGAAUUAAAUUAAUAUUAUAGUAAGCGACGAAACGUGUUUCGCGUCGCGUGCGCAGUUGUUUACAAACAUUAAAACUGCGUCUUGUUUACGUCGUUCCACAACAGGUGACUGAGGUAAGCUUUAAUAAAUAUGAUCUUAACACAAUUUUAUUCAGAUAACAGUGUGUUUAAUAUAAAUUUGGAUGCUCUCGAUAAGGUCAAGUUCGAAGAUAGUGCGUUUGUUUUUUUGAUGUCGUGGUCAACCAGUUUUAGAGUGAAACUUACGAUACUGUGUAGGUGCAAACAGUUUGUUUAAGAGAGAAACAAGUAGUGUAUUUGGAAUUUGUGAUCUAUCCCUAAAAGUGGUAAUCUAUCCCUCAUAUAAUAAUGGGCUCAUUAUUUUUAUUUAUUAGUUAGUCAAUAACAGUUAAAAUUGUCUGAAAUACAUUAUGAUCUCUGAGUUGAUACGAUGUCUGACAUAAUGGAUGCUGUAGAUCUGGAGACGGAAUACACACCCAGCAGGUGGUCACAGCGGUUCAGUAUGCCUCAGGAGGUGUUGCAGCAUCACGUGAAGGUAGUCGCGGAAGCAAGCGAAAUGGCCACGAAUAACAUACCACACAAGAUCGAGAUAGAAUACGGUUCAACUCCUGGUCAAAAGCUGGACAUCUUUGGCACAGAUUUGCCAGGUGAUGCCCCCAUCCUAGUGUUCGUGCACGGCGGGUACUGGCAGGAGCUCUCCCGCGAGCUGUCCCGGUACCCCGCGCUGCCGCUCUACCGGUCUAAGGUGAAGACUAUCGUGGUCGGCUACGAUCUUUGUCCGGUCGCUACCCUGGCAGAGAUCGUCAAUCAGAUCCAAAACGCAGCCAAAUUCGUAUUCGAGUACGCUGAGAAAAUGGGUAGCAGAGGGGUGUAUUUCGCUGGACAUUCCGCCGGUGCUCAUCUCGUAGCCAAGCUCCUCGCCAACGCAGACUUCCUCGACAGCACAAUUGGAUCAAGUCGUCUCCAAGCCGCAUUUCUGAUCUCCGGUGUAUACGACCUUCGAGAACUGGUGCAUACUACAGUCAACGAAGCGGUCCAACUGCCAAUAGAAUGGGCGAAGCCCCUCUCUCCGCAGUUCGACUGCUAUGAACAUCUCCACAUUAGAAGAGUACGCGUUUUCAUCAUAGCGGCACAAAACGACAGUCCCAGGUUCAAAAAACAGAGCAGAGAGUUCUACGAACUCCUACUGAACGUGUGUUUAAUUCAAAACAUGUACCUUGAAAUAAAAGACGAUUUUGAUCAUUUCGACAUUGUGGAAUGCUUUUCCCAGGACAACAACUUUCUUAAGAAUUUGUUAUUACAUGACAUCAGAAAGAAUUUGUGAUUUGUCUUGUUUUAGUUUAAGUGAAUGUUGUGCAGGGUCUCAUUUAGAUUUAAGUCAAUUAGCCUGAAUACGAUUUUGAUUGAUGACUAAUUUUGAUCAUGUUAUCGUGUAAUGUAUUAAUGUUUUAUUCUAAUGCAUUUAAAAUUAUUUUGGAGAUUUAAUUGUAAGAGUCACGUUAUAUUUAAUUGAGCAAUAGUUUUAUAAUAUUAAUAAUUAUUAUGAUAUUUAUAUGAUUAAUAUUCUUCUAUUCUAUUCUCCAUAUUGUAUAUGUUCAUUACGUGGUAGCAUGUUAUACUAAAGUGCGGCAACACUUUUUUUUACUUUUGCUUGCAAUCACUGAGAAGUUUGGACUAACAAUCGUCCUAAAAAACAACAUGAGAAAUCAUAUUCUUUGGAAAUAUCAAAAAUGUAAUAGUAUUUGUCGGUUCUAUGUUGGUAUUUGUUGAGAGACUGAUUUGGUAUUCAACGGAAUAAAAAGUUAUUUCACAA